CUAAUAUAAUAAAAUAUAUUAAGAUGGGAAACUGAGUUACAGAGCAACACUCAGAUAAGGAUGAUGUGAGUGUAAUUACAAAGACACACUUUAAAUUUAAAUAUGUUAUUGGAAAAGGAGGCUUUGGAAAAGUCUGGAAAGUCCAACAGAAAAAGACUGAUGGGUACUUCGCAAUGAAAGUCAUGCUCAAGUCUCGGAUUUUAGCUAAGCGCUCCGUCUCUUCGGUGAUGAAUGAGCGAAAUUUGCUUGCCAAACUCAAGCAUAGCUUCCUAGUUAACAUGCAUUUUGCAUUCCAAGAUAGAGAAAACUUGUUUGUUAUACUGGAUCAUCUUGACGGAGGUGACAUGAGGUACCACAUUAGUUGGAAAAAGAAAUUUACUGAAGAGCAGACCAAAUUCUUCAUGUCCAAUAUAAUCAUUGCUCUGGAGUACAUCCACAAUCUUGGAGUUGUCCACAGGGACAUUAAGCCUGAGAACUUAGUCUUUGACUCGAACGGAUAUAUGAGAAUAAUCGAUUUCGGAAUCGCUAGGGUUCUGACCCAAGAAAAUCACAAAGACACCAGCGGGACUCCAGGUUAUAUGGCUCCUGAAGUGAUGUGAAGACAGAAUCAUGGAAUUUCAGUCGACUAUUUUGCACUUGGAGUCAUUGCUUUUGAAUGAAUGUUUGGCAAAAGGCCUUAUUACGGUAAAAACCGAAAAGCAAUCAGAGACCAUAUUCUUUCAAAACAAGUUAAAAUAAAAUAGACAAGAUAUUCCUAAGGGCUGGUCAAUUGAGGCUGCAGAUUUUAUCAACAAGUUGAUUCAAAGAAAGCCUGUAAACCGGCUAGGUCUGAGCGGUCCCAAAGAACUCAUUUCACACCCAUGGUUUGCAGACUUUGACUGGGAAGCUGUCAAAAGUAAAUAGGGCAAUUUCUCCUUUUGUGCCACCCCAAAACAAAGAUAAUUUCGACACCAAGUACGCUAACGAGCCUUGGAAGGACGAGGAUUCAGACUUGAUGAAGAAGCAGAACGAGCUAGUGAAACAGGCUCACAUCCAAGCUUUGUUCGAGGGCUAUUACUACACUCGACUGAGCGAGUACUCAAGUGCUGUCAGCAUUAUUAGGUCCGAAAUUCCAGCUAGAAAAAGGAAAAAGAAUCGAAAUAAUGCAUUGAGCCUUAGCACCUAUGGGUCAAAUUUAAAUACCAAAGAAGCAUAGUUUAUUAU